GUGCUGCUGGCGCGCGACCACGACUACAGUAGGAGGGCUGUGUGCUGUGAUAGGCCGUUGCUAAGAUACGUACAAGAUUGACAGCGUUCCGGUUUCCGGUUCAUUCCGCUGUGCGCAGAAGUUGCUAGUCACAGGAGCCACAAUGGCGUUUGUAGUCUCCUUCUACUAGGGCUGUGGAUGAUAUUAAAUCCACUAGCAUCGCCCUAAAUAUAGGCCUGGUUGACUCCCAGAGCCAUUGAUAAUAAACUGGAACAUCUACUGCACACGAAAAUACUAUGAUUUCUAAUCAAUAUUGAAUUCAUAGGGGAUAAAACUUACAUUAAAGGGAACAUGUAAACAGUAACGUACCAACCGGGUCAAGUUUUCAUUUUGUUCGAGAAACGAGCGUCUUUUUAAUGAAAGCAUUAGCUUGUUUCUGAAUGCUAAGACCGUAAAUCUGUGGAAUAAAAACACCUUUACUUAACUUGGCACCGGACAAGGACACCUUUCACAAAGGGACUUUUUCUUUUUUACGAGACAGCUCGCUAGCCGCCGAGCAUUAGCUAGCGGUGCUAGCUAAAUUGAGACGGAGACGACACCACAAUGCUCCGAUGUUUCGUUGGGAUCUUUUUCAUUCACUGACUUAUUCAAAGUACAAACUUCACAGCACUGGAAAACCACCGUGGCAUUUUUCUGCUUUGACGAACUAUGCUGGCGAUCUCAGUGGAAUGAAUUGGCGCUGAGGAGGACUGGACGUGAGCGGCCUAGUGUGUUUAUUUUGUGUAUUUUCCUGCCCUGUUUUUGCUUGGUAACACUUUUGUUCUGGCAUUUGGAGUAGUUGCUGUUCUCCUGUGAAUGAAUUGCCUGGACCACCGAAGCCCAGUCGCAGGAGAGGUAACGUUACCGACGCCGGCGUGAGGGAUGCCUGGGUCGGACCGACACCAUGGGACCAAGAGGAAGCCGGAAUCUAGCAACAGCGGUGUGCCACACCAGACCCAGGCCUCGACCCAUACCUCUGCGGGAGACAAGGCGAGCAAAGACGGUAGGGUGCAGUUAAAGUCUCCAAUGUCCUCUUCCUCUUCAAAACGCAAACGGCAUAAAUCAACCAAACAUAAUCGGGAGUCCUCGGCGGCACCGGGACCCGAAGAUUUUACCCUCGGAGAUACGGCGCCACCUGGUGUCAACACGGUGAAGCCUCUGGUGGAGUACGAUGAUAUCAGCUCGGACUCGGACACUUUCUCGGACCCACCGUCCUCGAGGCCUUCAGAGAGGGGGGGCGCGGACCGACUGGAGCCCUCACCUGACUACGAUAGGGACGAUAUCGACAGAGAAGCCGAGAGAGAGGACAGGGGCAACAGACACCCCCGGAAAAAGUCCAAGGACCCUAAUAAAGUUAGAGACUCUGGGAAUGGUGAGCGUGGUUACAGAAAAAAGAGCAGCAAAGACCGCGAGAAAGGCACCUCUGGGAAAAGCAAGGAGAAGGUGUCCUCCUCGGGCCCCUCAUCCAAACGCCAGCAGACGGAGGGUGACUCUAAACGUGGGGAGCUGAUGCUCUCCACCCCGGUACAGCCUGCAGCCAGUGUAGGUAGCACCACUUCCUCCACAUCCUCGUCUCGCAGUAAGGAGAGCAGCCGCUCAGGGAAGUCUCGGAAAGACAAGCAGCAGCGCAAAGAGGGCCGAGGGGAGGGCAGCCGCAGCUCCUCCCAGAGGAACCGAGCAGACAGGAGCCACCGUAAGUCCUCCAAGGGCCACAAAUCGAGCCCUAAGGGCAAGUCCUCGAGAGGGGGCAGCCCUCGCAGGAAGGGCACCAGCUCUGCUCUUUCACCCAGUCCUAGAAGAGGGGCCGGCAGUGAGAGUCCGCAGGGCAGUGGCUAUGGCCAGCAGGGGGAUGACGGCUACUCCAAGCGGAGGAUGGCCCAGCAGAGUCCCAGUCCAUACGGGGACAUGUCCCGCCGCAGCAGGCAGAGAUCAGAGAGCCCAUAUGGCAGCAGGCACAGGUCCUCCAGCUACGAGAGGGACAGCAGCCCCUACUCAAGGAGACGCUCCAUCAGUCCCUAUGGUACCCGCAGGUCCUCCAGCACCAGCCCCAUGUCUCGACGCUCUGGCCGCUCCAGGAGUCGCUCCCCUCUGCACUACUCAACUUCUCGUCGCUCCUCCUCUCGUUCCCGAAGCAAGAGGCACACUUCCUCUGUUGCAGCGGGGGCCAGCUCCCACAGCAGCCGGCCAACUAGCCGCUCCCCUCCUUCCACCCGCCUGCCGCUUAACUCAAGCCUGGGAGCAGAACUGAGCCGCAGGAAGAAGGAACGGCAGGCUGCUGAGGCAGCUGCUCGUGCUAGUAGCGGUGGUGGUGGUGGUGGUGUUUCUUCUUCCCCUCCUCCAUCAACACGUAAAUCCGCAGGCCCCUCCUCCUCCUCCUCCUCCUCCUCCUCCUCCUCACGGCCCACUAAAGCCGCGGCUCCCCAGCCAGAAAAAGACUUGGCAACAGCAGAACCUCUGCCCCCACCACCACCUGCACCCUUACCCCAGGACGCUCCUAGUGGAGAAGAUCAGGUUACUGCACCUCCACCUUCCUCUUCCACCUCCUCUCCUGCCCCUCCUCAGCCCUCUCCUCCUAUGCCACCUGCUCCAGCCACCCAGGUUCCACCACCUCCACCUCAGGCAGAAAUGAUUAUUCAGCCUCCUACACCACCCACCACAUCCCAGGCCAAAUCGCCAGCGCCGGCUUCUAUACGCAGCCCUGCACGCCAGAUCCCGUUCCACAAGACGUCGACUCUGCCUCUCCUGCCUUUACCACCUGCACUGCUGGGAAACACUCAGGACAGUCCAAAGAAGUCCACCCCUCCUCAGAGGCUAUCCAGGAAGGAGAAGGAAGUUCGCAGCCGGCCAUCCCUCAUCGACCUUCCUUUGCCGCCCACCCUGCUUGGAGGUGAAUCCUCGCCCCCACAAUCCCCCAUCCGCCAGGCCCCACCGCUACCCCAGGCAGUCCUUAAGAAGAGACCAAAGAUUUGCUGCCCACGAUAUGGUGAGCGCAAACACACCCAGAGUGACUGGGGCAAACGCUGUGUAGAUAAAUUCGAUAUAAUUGGCAUCAUAGGGGAAGGCACCUACGGCCAGGUGUACAAGGCCAAGGACAAAGACACAGGUGAGCUGGUGGCUUUGAAGAAAGUGCGUUUGGACAAUGAAAAGGAGGGUUUCCCCAUCACAGCCAUUAGAGAGAUCAAGAUCCUGCGGCAGCUCAAACACCGCAGUGUUGUCAACAUGAAGGAGAUCGUCACUGACAAGCAGGAUGCACUUGACUUUAAAAAGGACAAAGGUGCUUUUUACCUGGUGUUUGAGUACAUGGACCACGACCUGAUGGGCCUGCUGGAGUCGGGCCUUGUCCAGUUCUCCCACGAGCACGUCCGCAGCUUCAUGCGGCAGCUGAUGGAGGGUCUGGACUACUGCCAUAAGAACAACUUCCUGCACCGAGACAUCAAAUGCUCCAACAUACUGCUCAACAACAGAGGUCAGAUCAAACUGGCUGACUUUGGUUUGGCCCGACUUUACAAUUCAGAGGAAAGUCGGCCGUACACUAAUAAAGUAAUCACACUAUGGUACCGCCCCCCUGAACUCCUUCUGGGAGAGGAGAGAUACUCUCCAGCCAUUGAUGUAUGGAGCUGUGGGUGUAUUCUGGGAGAGCUCUUUAAGAAGAAGCCCAUCUUCCAGGCGAACCAGGAACUUCUACAGCUGGAGCUCAUCAGCCGUCUGUGCGGGAGUCCCUGUCCUGCAGUGUGGCCUGACGUCAUUAAACUUCCCCUCUUCAACACCAUGAAACCCAAGAAGCAGUACAGACGGCAACUGCGGGAGGAGUUUGCCUUUUUACCAACUCCUGCCUUGGACCUGCUGGACCGAAUGCUAACCCUUGACCCUGCACGGCGCUGCACGGCAGAGGAGGCUCUCAGCAGUGACUUUCUGAGUAACGUUGAGCCCAGCAAGAUGCCGCCACCAGAUCUUCCUCACCAUCAGGACUGCCACGAGCUGUGGAGUAAGAAGCGACGGCGUGCACGUCAGAGUGGGGUGCCUGAGGAUGCUCCUGCACCCAAAGCGCCCCGUAAGGAUGUGACCGGGACCUCCAGCGGGGAGAACAGUCGGCCCCAGAGCAGCCCGGCUGGAGCCCCACCGCCUCCACCUGGAAAACCACCCUCCACGUCCAACUUAGAGAGUGAGUUGUCAGGCCUGGGAGUUGCUGCAGAGCAGUUGAACCAGACAGAGUUGGCGGUACUGCUGAACCUCCUCCAGGGACAGACGGACCUCAGCCUGCCCCAGGUGGCCCAGCUCCUCAACCUCUCUAACCCAGAGACUCUCAGCCAGUCGUUGUCGGCCCUCAGUGAGGCCUCUGACCACCAGGGGGCUCCAGAGGACCAGGCCCAGUCUGCUGCCAGGGCCCAGCCCCCAGAGCCACCUCCCGAGCCCCAGGAACUCUCACCGACAUCCGGAGAGCCACAACUCAGCCAGGAAGACCAGGCCAACCUGCUGGCUCUCAUUUUGGGCCACAUCAUGAAGCCACAAACCGAGGAGCAGGGCGACGAGAGCAAUGGCGUCCAAUCAGAGGAGGCACUAAUGCGCGGUUCGUCCGCCUCUACUACUGAACGCAAGGAUGCUGCAGCAUCAAAAAGGAAACCGCUUGAGGCCAACCAGGUGCCUCCAUCCACUGAGCAGCGACCACCCUCUCCACCCGGGCCACCUCCGUCAGCUCUCCUCCAAGGAAAUGCCCAGCAGACUGGGUCUGAAAACCAACCCAGCCAGGACAUCAGCCCUGCUGUAGCAGCUGCCCUGCUCCAGCUCAUCUCUCAGCAGGACUCGGAAGCUGGGGCUCCUCAGCGCAGCAAGGACCCCUCUCCCGCUGUGGAUGCUCUGGCCCGGGGACAGCCCCCUCCGCCCUGGGUUGCCGAUUCGCCACCUAAACCUUCGGCUGCAGCUGAGGCCCCAGCAGGACUGGGGACUGCUGCACCUACCACUGCAGCACAGUUCCCUAAAGACCAGGACCUCCGCUUUUCCCAUGGAGCUGCCCGCUGACUCUCAACUCCCGGUGACACAGACCUGGGUGUCUUGGGAUGGCUCCAGCAAUCCUGGCCUGAAGGGAGAGGCAGAGGGACACCUACAGAUAAUGACUCACUGGAAGACCAUGAGCAGGUAGCUAAAGUUGAGUCACAGAUUUUGAAAAUGAAUGUCUGAAAGAAAGAGAUUAAAGGCCUCUACAGGUCAUGAACACCAGUUUCCUCUGAACAAGUGUUGUACUGGAGGGAGUGUUCGGACCUGGGAGGUCGGUCUGACCUUUAACAGUCCAUUUAGGGACAGUCACCACCUGCAAUCCCUAGCUUUUUCCUGUCUACUAAAGGUCCUGACUUGAAUGAAGUUAAGCUUCCAAAUUGAGUGCCAUGCAGCUGACACUCAACUUAGAAAACAGCUGUGAUCUCUUUAUUCUUCUGUUCCAAAACAAAUGAUUGUCAUGUCCACUGCAGUGCCCACCUCUAACAGUUAUCAGUGUUUUGGAGAGUGAAGUCACUGUCCUCCACUCUGUGAUGGAAGACUACCAGAAGCUAAAAUAUUGCGAAUGGGUGUAUUUGAGGCUCACUGAUGAGGACCAUGAGUUUACCAUUGAAAGUGACAUGCUGGCUAGUUCCUUGCUUUCAGCCUUGUGCCUCCUUUGUGACCCCAGCGACCCCUGAAUGAUCUCGGCCUAGUGGGGAAAUGUGGGUUAGGUUUCUGCUUUGGAUGGCACCUACAACAGUGUACAUCUGCAGGACUGUAUUCCUUUUUAAUUCCACCCAAAGGCUGUUGCAUAUUAUAUUCUGUCUGUCAUCAACUGAAUUGCGAUGUGUUCUCGGCCCAUGUGAACAUUUCCUUCCUUUACAUACAGCAAACCUGUAGUACUCACCUUCCCGUCUCAAAUAUGGAUUAAACCACUACAUUUCAAUGGACUGCUCCAUAAUACACAUGCUAUUCUGCAAGUUGAAGUAUAAAGCUAUAAAGGUAUAUAUAUAUACACAAACAAAAACUUUUCCGGCUUUUCCUGGUGGGCUGUGAAAGCCUCGUCUUAUAUGUCGUCGCCUCCCUGCCAACUCGUGCAACAAAAGCUUUUUGGUUUUUUGGUGCAGUUAUUUUCUACAUAAAGAAAAUGAUACACACUUAAAAAAAAAUAAUGGUCUAUGGUUCUGUUAACUUUUUUGGUUUUGCUUUGGAAAAGGAAAGGGAGGAGAAAAUGGUUUCAUGUGUCUGUAAAAAGAAAAAAAUAUUUUGUAAUAUGUGUUUUCUUUGUUCAGUUUAUUAAAGGAAGUAAUGCGACCAGUUGAACUGUC